UCAUUGAACAAUUCGGAAUGGCAGAUUAUUGGAACCGAAUGGAAUAAUAAAUUCGUUGCUAAUAAUAAUAGCACUACCACAAAUCUCGAAAAUGCUAUUACUACCACCAGCACCAGUAGCAGUAUUAUUAGUAAUGCUAGUUAUUAUCGUAGAACAAAAAGGUCACCAAGUCUAAAUACUCGAGCUUCAAGAGUAGGUGUGACGAAUUUUAUCAAUAUAAUCAAAUCCCUACACGCCGGUGAGCAAAUCCCUUACUUCCCAAUUACAGAAAAACUGCUGGAAGAAUACAUCAAUGCUAAACGAAAAUCAAUGAUAAAAUCCGGUUCAUUGGAACAAUAUUUACAACACAUACAAGCGUAUAAUAUUUCUCUGGGAUUUGGUUGGAAUGGGCUCAUUUUUGGUCCAAUUAUUAAAAAAGCGUUGGAUGAGCUAAGAACGGUCGAAGAGGAAGCUAUAAAGACAAGUUUGAUUUUGCAACAGCAUCACAAUAAUAUCAAUAAUGAUUCACUAUCCAGUAAUGAUAAAGAAAUGGUUAUGAUGAUCAUUGACGAUGAAAUAGAUGAGCAGACGAAAUCAUCAAAAAAAUUUACUGUGAUAUGUUUAGAUGCCAACUCCAACGAUUCCAGACAACUCGAUCAGCAAAUUGAGAUUUAUUUGGAUGAUAUGAAUUUUCCAAAAUCAAACCAAACUUAUAAAAAUUUUCAUUCCAACGUCGUUUCCUCAACCGCUUUUCCAACAAGUUGGGGUAAUGUUGAUGUCAAAAAACUUUAUUAUAAAGUGAUUAGAAAGAAUAAAAAAGAAAAAACCCCAGUUGAAAAUAAAACCAAGGUUGUUGACGACGACGCCAAGGGUAACGAGACAAUUAUGAUGAUUGAAAAUGAUGACAGCAAUAAUAAAGAUAUAGGCGAUAAGAAUGUCGAUGAGUCGAAAAAGACAACUGCCAUCAAAAAGAAAGCUGUUGCGAGUAAUAAUAAUGAUUAUUAUUGCAACGAUGUAAUUAUAGAAUUAAACGAUGAAGACAGCUUCAACAAAUUUUGGAAGAUUGUUAAAAAUAUAUAUAACGAAACCGACGAUAAAGAAGACCUCAAGGGAAAAGGUGAAGGUGGACCAGUGAACCAUGAUAAAAAUCCCGAUGACAAUGAUGCAGAAGAUGACGAAUAUGAGUGUGAAAUACAAUUAAUUCUUUAUCGAAAAAACAAUCAAAAAGUUGCUGUAUCAGAUACAACCACAUUUUCUUCAGUUGUUACGUUUGCUAUAAAUAAUGCAUCCGCUCCACCAAACAAACAAUUCGUUAUCAGAUCAGCAGAUAGCUCGCUCGAAUAUAUCCCAAAUGACUUGAUCAGAGAAGUUAUUUCAGGUGUUGAGCAUACCGAUAUUGUAGUGAGCUUAGAAAAUUCUCAAGGGAACGAUGAGUAUUACACAUAG